AACCCAUUUACAACUAGUUCGAUGCUCACCUCUGAUCAGAACGCACGUUUGGCCAUCACUUUGCUUCACUCGACUGUGGUCAAAGCUCUUAACUUCAAUCAGGCUUAAAAUUCUUCUUCCUUUCUUGCACCAAUCAUUUUUAGGUUACUGAUGUCAUAAGAGCAAUGAAAAGUCAGAGUAAUCAUUCAGAGUAAAACGCGAAGUAAAAGGACGCAAGUGUUGAACUGAAAAACAAUUGAGUCCAGUUAACCGUUACUCUUACUAUUUCUCAACCAUGAAACUUGGUAUCACAUUCCUUUUUCUGGUCGUCGCGUGCGUCGCAGAUUGCUCAAGAAUCCUUGCAAUAUUUUCGUACCCGGUUCAAAGUCACAACAUGAUGUUCGAGCCUUUGAUGAUCGGUCUGGCACGCGCCGGUCACUCAGUUGACGUGAUCAGUCAUUUUCCUCCGAAGAAAUCGGUGCCGGGAUAUAACCAUAUAAGCCUGAAAGGAACGCUACACAAUUUAGUGAACAAUAUAACCGCAGACUAUGCUUCAAUCCAUGGCGGUGUUUAUCAGAUGAUGAACUUUCUUUGCAGCCGAGAAGUCAAAGAUCUCUGUGGUCUGUUGUCAUUACCGCAGCUACAGAGAGUCACCAAUGCAGAUACCAAGUACGACGUCAUGAUCACCGAGAUCUUGGGGUCAAACUGCUACCUUUCUGUGGCUCACAUAAUGAAAAUUCCGUUUAUCGGAAUAGUAACUAAUGUCGUGUAUCCCUGGGUUAUUGAUCCAGUCUUUGGUGACGCCAAUCCUAGUUUUAUCCCGUCACAACUGUCGACUUUCACAAACGAGAUGAGUUUCUUUGAACGUGUGGAGAAUAUGAUGAUUCACGUGCAUUCAAAGUUUCUCUUUUAUUAUUGGGACGUAACUGUGUCUAAUCCAUUGGCUAGAAAGUAUUUCCACGAUCUUCCACCCCUAAAUGAUAUCUACAACAACAUCAGUUUGGUGCUAGCCAAUAGCCAUUUCAGUAUUCACGGAGUCCGCCCCGGGACUCAGGCCAUCGUUGAAGUGGCAGGUCUUCACAUCGACGAAACCCAAGUGCUUUCAGAGGAAUUGGAAAGGUUUUUAAAUUCCUCCAAGGAUGGGGUUGUGUACUUCAGCAUGGGGACAUUAGUGAGAUCGGAUACGUUCCAGGUGAAGAAGAUACUAGCGAUUUACGAAAGUUUUUCGGAACUUACAAAUUACAAAGUGCUGUGGAAAGGUAACCUGAAGGACAUGCCGAAACCGCUACCAUCGAACGUCAAAAUAGUUUCAUGGGUGCCGCAGUACGCAAUUCUCCGUCAUCCAAAAGUGAAGGCUUUCGUAACACAUAGAGGUGCGAUGGGAACCCAGGAGGCAAUACACGCUGGAGUUCCAAUAAUAGGGAUUCCGUUUUUCUUUGACCAGUCGUCCAACGUGAUGGGAUACGUGCAGAGAGGUUUCGGUGUUCACCUUAGCUACAAAGACAUAAGCAAAGUAAGCUUCUCCAAGGCCUUGCGUGAGGUAUUGUCAAACCCAAAGUAUCAAUCGAACGCAGCACGAUACUCAAGACUGUUCAGGGACCGUCCUCUGUCGCCAAUGGAUGAGGCUAUUUUCUGAAUCGAAUAUGUAAUUCGUAACGGAGGCGAGCCAUUGAGAUCCUCGGGUCAGCAUCUUAACUGGUUCCAGUAUUACUUAAUAGAUGUUGGUCUAUUUUUAUUAGCUAUAACGAUGCUCGUUAUCGCAGUCGUAUUUACCUUCGUAAAAACAGUGCUGCAUAUCAUUGCCUGCAAACAGAGUUGUGAGCUUCCAGUGAAAGAUAAGUUUUCGUAAACACGUGUUUGUCAUAGGCCAAGUUAAUGUUGUGAAUCCUGAUGUUGAAAUAAUUCUUCAAAAUACGAAAUAAAUAAUUUUCCAUCGAGCGUC